GUACUACGGUACAGUGUUCCCACUGAGGUACAGUGACACGCUAUUCCCACCGUGCCUUCAAGAUCCAACAUUCAACCUUUAUCAGAUGGGAAUAUGGUUAACGACCAAAUGUAGGCUAUAAUUGCCGUCUGUUUUCAUUUGUUUCAUAAAAACUUCCCUAAAAGUUUCGUCGUUCCUCCUUCAACAAAGGGUUAAUUUCCCCCGGUUUUCAGACACUCGCAGAAGUGAAACCGGAGCCGCCACUGCCUCGUUUCCGUAUUUUCCUGCUGUAUUUAUACAAAGCCUGCUUCACUGAAAAUUUUAUCUGCGUUCAUAGAGGACAGACUAACUUUCUUACUGAAAAUCUCAAGUGCAAGCGUACAGGAAGAAAGACAGCAAAGACUAAACCAGGUAAGAACUGCAAAAAUCAGUCUGUCAAUGCUUUUGAUGUAGGCCCAUUCAAAAUACUCAAACUCAUAACUUACUCCUGUAACUGGAGCUAGGUGGCUUUUUUUGUAAAUAAUGCCGGGAGGUAACAUUGUACUUUACCUCACUUUUAGUUGCAUAAUAGGCUGCAAAGUACAAAAAACCUCACAGGUCCAAAUAGAAAUCUUAUUACAAAAUGCUUUAAGUUUCAUGGCGCAUUACUUGAAAUAAGUAUGGCAGAAUGCUUUAAGAGUCUUAUCAAGGAAGUUUUGCGUACCACAUUUACAGAUAUUUUUUUCUCAUUACUAUCGGUGUUCCUUUUUUGUGCUCUUGAUAAUGAGACAUGACUUGAAUGUGCAGGGCCCAUCUCCAGUGUAAAACCCUGACAAAAGAUGCUGCAAAAAUGUUGAACUUCACUUAGGUGUAAAGUCAAAGUCAAAGUCACCUCACACAUGAACAUUGUAAAUAAUGACUUAUUUUUCAGCUCCCAAGUGGCCAAAAUGAUUGAUUGAUGUAAGUCUAAGGCUUGUAAAGUUUUCUCUCUUUUUUAAAAACAGGAGCGGUUGAACAAUGUCUGCCCCUCCUCGUCUCAAUCUCCAUCCAGCUGUGAUCAUCAUGUGUUGUUUUAUAAUGAGUCUGCACAGUUAUGUGGCCUCUCAAAAGAAUACCUGCAAGGUGGAGGAUGGCAAAGCCGACUGCAGCCACCUCCGCCUCAGUGCGGUCCCCUCGGACCUUCCUAGGAACAUUAGCAGCCUGGAUAUGUCUCACAACAGAUUGGCAAAGAUCCCCCCUGAGUCCCUGACCCCCUACAGAGGCCUCCUGCACCUUGAUGUCAGUUACAACAGUAUCACAAAGCUGGAUGAAGGCUGGUGCCAGACACUUCCUCUGCUGCAGAUGCUGGACAUGAGAAACAAUGAAUUGCAUUUGUUGAAGAAAGAGGAUCUGAGCCAUUGUGGCAACCUGACAGGACUGAAUAUCGCUAGUAACAGGCUAAAGCUACGAGAAGAGCCGUUCUCUGCACUGCAGGUACAGAUGACAUUUACAGUGAUGAGAUGGAUCGGCAAAGGCAGCAAUACAAGAUCAAACAUUUUUUAUACAUAUACGGUUAUGAUAACAGAGUUGGAAUUCACUUUGUUAGUUGGCACCAUUUAAUUAAUGUUCAGUGUAAAGUUAUUUUACUCAUGAACACAAGCACUACUGAUGUUAUUGUGCUUAUCUGAGUAUUGCUACAUCAUGCCACUCUAUAAUUCUGUUUUAAUUUAAUAACUUAGGCUCAGCACCAUGUUGUCAAAUUGCACCAUUAACUCUUUUCUGUGAUUUACAGAGCCUGAAAUACCUUGAUGUUUCCUCAAACAACCUGCAGUCAGCUCAGCUGGGCUCUCAGCCUCAGCUGCCCAGUCUGGUGCACCUCAACCUGGGGUUCAAUGGCUUUACCACUCUGAAGACCAACGACUUUCUCUACCUUCUCAAUCCAACCUCUCUAAAAGUCCUCAAUAUGUCCUCUGUGUCUCUUAAAAAGGUAAGAAACUUACCCAGAAAGGGGAAAUGAAACACAGCUGAGUUUGAAGUGUAAAAAAAUGAUGGCGGCACCUUGCACUAACUUGUCUGUUUUAGUUCCCUUUUUUAAGUCUCACUGCAGAAUAUCUUUAUUGUGUUUUUGUUGCAGUUGGAGCCUGAUUGCCUAAAGCCUCUGUCAGCCUUGAAUACUUUAAUCAUGGAUGGGAGCAACAUGGGGACUCUAUUGAUUUCCAAACUCUGUUCAGAGCUUUCACAAACAGCCAUUGAUACCCUGUCUCUGAGGAAGAUGAAGCUCAUCACACUCACCAACACGACCUUUAAAGGGCUGCAGAAAACAAACCUAACUUUUUUGGAUCUUUCUCAAAAUGAAAUGGGUAAAAUAGAGGGCGGCUCUUUCCAGUGGCUGUCCAGGCUUCAGACUCUUAUUGUGGUACAGAACAACAUCAAACAUCUGACCAAGAGUACAUUUCAAGGGCUCAAAAGUUUGAAAAAACUCCAGUUGACAAAAGCUUUGGUUAAAAGUCGUACCUCCUCCACCCCUAUCAUUGAUGAUUUCUCCUUUCAACCACUGAGCAACCUGGAGAGGUUGAUAUUAAACCAUACCGCGAUACGAGAAAUCACAGAAAACACAUUUACAGGCUUAACAAGCCUUAAAGAACUUGAUAUGAGCUGGGUGAUUUGUACCUCACUCAAAAACCUCAACAGCAAGACCUUAGCUUCACUUGCAGGAUCACCUCUGCAAAAGCUGAAUCUGACGGCAUCAUCUGUGUCCCAGAUUGGUCCUGGGAGCUUUUCAGUGUUAAGAAACCUCACAGUUCUUCUCUUAGAUUUCAACUUUAUCAGGCAAACUCUCACUGGCCAAGAGUUUGAAGGCCUGGAUCAAGUUCAAGAGAUCCAUAUGUACGAUAACCAUCAGAAAGCUGGUCUGUGCCCCACGUCAUUUGUUCAUGUGCCCAAUCUGCGCGUCCUGAAGUUAGGGAAAAGUCUUAAUGCGACCGCCACAAAGUUGGAUCCAUCCCCAUUCAAUCACCUGUCCAACCUGACCUUCCUGGAUCUUAGCAACAACAAUGUCGCGAACAUCAAAGAGGGGAUAUUCAAAGGGCUUGUGAACCUAAAGGUGCUGAAGCUCCAGCACAAUAACUUUGCUCGUGUCUGGAAGAAUGCUAACCUGGGUGGACCAGUGCUGUUUCUCAAAGGGUUACAAAGCUUGACGACCCUUGUGUUGGAUAGUAAUGGUCUGGAUGAAAUCCCAGAAAAGGCCCUAAAAGGAUUGAGUAACCUCCGUGAAUUAAGCCUUGGCACCAAUCUCCUCAACAGGCUCAGGAACUCCAUAUUUGAUGAUCUGAGCUCGCUGCGAGUUUUGCAUUUACAGAAGAAUUUGAUCACGUCUGUGAGGCCUGCUGUGUUCAAAACGCCUCUCAGCAACAUCAGUGUACUGAACAUGGAGAAAAACCCAUUUGACUGCACCUGUGAGAGCAUCUUGUGGUUUGUCAGCUGGUUAAACAGCACCAAUAUGAGUCGUGUGCUCAGCCAAACAGAGCAGUACAUGUGCAACACUCCAUUAGCUUACUUCAACAAGUCAAUCACAGAGUUUGAUGUGCUCUCCUGCAAAGAUAUGACCCCAUUUCAGGCUCUGUUCAUACUGAGCAGCACGGCAGUCCUCAUGCUGAUUGUGAUUGCUCUUCUGGUUCGCUUCCAAGGUUGGAGGAUUCAGUUUUAUUGGAACAUACUGAUCAAUCGCACUUUAGGAUUCAGCGAUGCCUCAGUUAAAGAAGGCAAGGAGUUUGAAUUUGAUGCCUACAUCAUACAUUCGGAGAAAGACAGCAGCUGGGUGGAGAGAAGAAUGGUCCCAUUGGAGGACAAGAACUGCAAGUUUUGUUUGGAGGAUCGAGAUUGUGUACCUGGAGUGUCACAGCUUGAAUCGAUUGUCGACAACAUGAGGAAAUCUAGAAAAAUCAUGUUUGUCGUCACAGAGAGCCUGCUCAACGAUCCUUGGUGUAGAAGGUAAAUGGAAACCCUACUGCCUUGUAUUUACAUUGUCAAAGAAUAUAAGUUACAGGCAGUGAGAAGUAAUGUCAGGUGAAGAGUCCAUUAGUAUGAAAUGAUGUGCAGUGUGGAGGAUGGAAAUGUCUCACAGGCAGCUGUGGACUGUUUCUUCACCACACAAUCCCACCUACUCUAAAAUCCAUAAAGAAGGUCACACAGGUAAAUAAGACUCAGUUCGUUUCUGAGAGGGACUGUCUAAGGGAAAAAAAAAGUUUUCACUGCGUUUCUAUUUGGAGAUUUCCAGUGUUAAGCAAAGUGCAGUUCUGAUGCAGAUGUGUAGCCCCUUUCUACCAACAUCCUUUAUCCCUAUCUGCUAUGGUAGCUCAGCUCAGUGGGUCCUGUUGUUAGUAAGAUACUGGGACUCCUGUAUUCUGUUUGCGUCACAUAACUCAUUUGGGUCAAACUGAGUUCUGAAAUGCUCUCUGCCCUCCUCCUUCCUUGUUUGUCCUUCUCCAGAUUCACGGCACAUCAAGCACUUCACCAGGUCAUUGAAGACAGCAGGGAUUCUGUCGUUUUGGUCUUCCUGCAGGAUGUUCACGACUACAAGCUAUCUCGCUCAAUCUUCCUUCGCCGGGGCAUGCUGCGUUCGUGCUGCGUCCUAGACUGGCCGGUCCAUAAGGAGAGGGUGCCAGCCUUUCACCAAAAGCUGCUCAUAGCACUGGGCAUGACUAAUCGAUUGCAGGACUGACUGUAUCCUCUCUGUGAUAACUGGAAAUUCUUUUUGCAAUAGUAAUGACCUUAGUGUACUGUUACAUCUGCUAAUAUUUCACUUGAACAAAGAUUGUGAUGUUUGUUUAAACAUAUUUUUAUUUUUCAUGUUUAAGUUUACAAAUCACAAAAACUGCACAAAAUUAAACAAGAAUAUGGAGAUUUAAUUGGAUACUGUAUGAACUUAGCUCAGUAUAAUUGAAUACUGUGUUCUGUACUGACAUCUAGUGGUUUUACUGAAAAACUUUUUUUUUUUUUUUUGCAAUUUCUGCUAGGAGGGGCUCUAUGAGACACCAACACUAUAAUAUACACCAGCAUUUGGUUGUCUUAAUCACUUAGAAGUGCAUUUAAGAUACUCUGUCAAAAUCAAAAUUACAAAAGGGAUCCAUUUGGGAUAAACAGGCGAAGGUUUAAGAGCAAUAAACUAGAAGCUGAUUGUUUUUUAACACACUUUUACCGUUUUGAUUAUUGCCUUCGUCAAAAAUGUGAAGGUGUUUCUUUUGCUGCUGUUAUUUGUUAAUGUUCAUCUGCAAACCCAAUGGCCAUAAUAAAAAAAAAAUGUAUAUCCGAAAAACAUCCAACAAUUGUAUUUGAAACAAAAUUUCUUUUUCCAGUGUGACUGUGCAUGUUUUCAUUUCCGCAUCCCUUUGUUCCAUUCACAUUUUCCUGUGUUUUGUUUUCUUGAUUUUAAACAUUUGAAAGAAUUUCCGUUUCUCUAAAUAAUGAUCAACAGUUUUGUCCAUGCCUCUUGUGUGGUGCCUAUCUUUCUCAUGUUUUUGUCUCCACUUUUGAGCCCUACUUUGUUGUGACAUUCAUAAAGAAAAUAAAACACACGUGUACUUUAUUUUAAGAUAUUUCAAACCAAAAAUGUGGCAUGCAAAACUUUCUUGGUGAGCAUCAUGGGAAAAAUAAGUAAAACAGGUGAUGUUUAAGUAUCAUAAUUUAAUCUGUUUAUCCACUGCUUUCAGCUUUUGUUUCCAGAACCAAGGUACAGAGUCCUCAGAGACAUUUGCACAUCGAACACUAACGUUAACUCUUUGCUUUCUGAAAGCUUUGAAUUUUUUUACAGACAUUUUGACCUGAAUGAUGACGGUCUUUUGCAGUGUAAAAAUACUUUCACUUUUGAUGAUGACUAAGCUUCAUUUUCAUAUUCAAUUAUUUUUUUUUUAGUCUAAUUGGUUGAAAUUAAAUUUUUGUAAAACACAUUCUUGAAUCAUCUUAAAAGGCAGUAUUAUUUCAGUGAAUAACCUCUCAGUAGGUUGGUAUGCCCUUCACAAUAAACUCAUGUUGAUAAGCUGACCACCCAGACAGACACUGACCUGAACGUAUUGAUUCAAACUAAAUGUCAGACUUUCAAGAAAGGAGAAACAGGGGUCAAAUGUGAUAACCUCUGUACUAACUUAGCUGAAACCUCUCAGUUUACACUACUGUAAUCUACUGUAAUAGAAAUCCCAUACUGGAUUGAAUGAAAAUUUGAUUUGAAUAAAAAAUAUAAAGGUUUUCAUAAA